AUGAUUUCUAACAAGGUACUCACAUCAACGCCUCUGAUUCUGGAUACAGACAGAAAACCAACAAGGCGUAAUGUUUCCUUUGCUGAGGAAGCUAUUGCUACCACUACAACAACUACACCUUCGAAUGGUGUUGCAUCAGCUACUAUAACAUCUACAUCAACAAUUAUGAAACCAAAACCUAAAAAGAAGACUAAAAAGGAGGAAUUAUCAUCCAUGUCACACAGUUCAUCAGUUUCUAGCGUAGAUACCAUGUCUGUGUUAACAUUGUUGAGAGAAGCCUCUGGAGUCGAGAAUAGAAUUAGAAAGAACCAUCGUAUUCUUGAGAGGACGUCUACCUUUGGUAGUUUUUCACAAAUGGAAUUUGUUUGGACCUUUUUAACUGUACUGGGGAUUAUUGGUGGAAUUAUUGGUUUUUAUAUUGAUAUUGUUGUGGAAUAUAUUGUUAUUGGAAGAGAUACAAUUUUGGCUGGAAUGGUUGAAUCAACUCCUGGACUUCAAAUGUUUGUCUGGGUACUUUUCAAUUUGGCAUUUGUUGUUUUGGCAUUAUUAUUAACACUUUGGGUUGCUCCUAUUGCUGAAGGAAGUGGUAUUCCUCCAGUUAAAGCUAUUUUGACUGGUGUUGACAGUUUGAAAGAACCUUUGAGUUUGAAAACUUUAAUUGUCAAGGUUCUUGGUGUACCUUGUGUUGUGGGAGCGGGAAUGUUUGUGGGUAAAGUUGGUGGCAUGAUUCACAUUGGUGCUGCCCUUGCUGACAAUCUUAUGAAAUUGAAACCUUUCCGUCCUUUGAGAAAUAACAAGACACUCAGAGUUCAAUUGAUUGGUUGUGGAUGUGCUUUGGGAGUUGGUGCAGUUUUUGGUGCACCUGCAGGUGGUGUUCUUUUUGCUCUCGAAGCUGUCGGUACAUAUUACAGUUUGAGAAACUAUUUGAAGAACUUUUAUGUUGCCUUGUUGGCUGCUUUUGUUUCUCGUCUCUUGCACAGUUUGCAUGAUCAGUCGAUUUUACUUGUACCAGUCUAUCAUGUCACUCUCGAUGUUCCUUCAUUCACAAUCAUUGACUUUGUCACUCUUGGUUUCCUUGGUGUUGUUAUGGGUCUUUUGGGUGUCUUGUUUGCUUUCCUCAAUGAAAAAUUAUUGUGGCUCAGAAAUAAGGUCGGUAGAAGAUUCUUCCUCUUCCUUAGAAGAAAGCACUUUAAGAUUGAUGAUCCAAAAAGCAAAUUUAGAUUCCUCAAGUAUCCACUCACAUUUGUACAAACUCAAUUUUUGUGGACUGUUCUCAUUUGUGUAAUUACUUCAAUUCUUUGUUUCCCAACAGUGAUUGGUAAUUUCAUGUCACUCUCUCCCAAUGCUCUCAUUGAAGAUUUAAUGCUUAACAAGCCACUUUUGAAGGAAUAUGGCGCUAAGGGAGAUUGGAUUCCUGCUCAACUUUCUGAAUACAUUUCCGAAACAUUCCAUAGUAAUGGAAUGCCAUCAGAAUAUUACACUGCAGUAUUCUCAAGUCUUGGUUUGUUCAUUUUGGUACGUGUCAUUAUUACUCCACUUUCUGUUUCCUUGCCAAUUCCAAGUUGUAUCUACGUUACCUUGCUCAUUAUGGGUGCUGGUUUUGGUAGAUUCUGGGGAGAACUCUGGGCUUAUAUCUUACCUGAUGGUUGGUCCAUGCUUUUUGGUAAUGAGAGAGCUUACUCUUUAAUUAGACCAGGAGCUUAUGCUAUUGUUGGUGGUCUAGCUCUUUCAGCUAGUGCUACUCAAGCCUUUAGUACAGUUUUAAUCUUUUUGGAAAUUGCUGGUAUGGGUAUUUAUUGGCCUGCCAUGUUGGCAUCCAUGAUUGCUGUCAAAAUUUCAAGACUUUUAUAUUAUUCUGCCUAUGAUGCUCAAAUCAAGUUGCGUGGUUGGCCUGCUCUCCUUGAAACCAAGACUGACUCUGAAGAUAUCAAAGUUAGAGACAUUAUGGUCUAUGUGGAUGAACUUUCAGUGGUUGAGGAAACUGUUACUUUCAAUGAGUUGCAAAGCAUCUUUGAAAGUACAAAGAUUAUUCCAAAGACUUUCCCAGUUGUCAAUUCAAAGAAGGACUUGGUUUUGGUCGGUGUAGUCAGUGUUAAACAAUUACAAACCCUUUAUCUAACUCUUAAAGACUCUGUUGGCAAAGUUCAAUCAGAAUAUGAAAGAGAACAAGCUGAAUUAAGAGCUAAAGUACCAAUUACAACAACCAAUUUGAAUGCAAGAAAGGGUAUUGAAAGAGUUAAUAUUGUCACUGAACCUAGACCAGAACAAAAUAAUCUCUUAUUGGAUUUUGAUGAUUUCUUUAUUGGAAAUGAUUGGAUUGCUGAAGGUGACAAGAUUGAAAAGGAAGAGGAAGAAAGUGACGAUGACGAUGAUUUCAUUUCCAACUUGAUUAACAAUCCAUUCUCUGUACUUCCGGGUGCUAUUAACUUGAAUAACAUUCUUGGAGGUGGAUCCUCAUCUGAUAAUAAUACCACCAAUAACCAAACAGCAACAUCCACAAGCAAUGUUUCUCCAGCAGUUACCACUACUACUCCACCUAUUGUUGCCUCAAAUGAAAUUGAACUCGAGGAAAGUAUCAAGUUGGAAGAACCAAAAGAAGAGACCAUUGUAGACAAGAAGAAGAAUGAGUUAAUCAGACUUGACUAUGAUACUUGUCAAAUUGCCAUUGCUGAUGAUACACCAGCAGUUCUUGCUCACUUGUUGUUCUCUCAAUUGAGAUUGGAUGAUGUUUUCGUUCUAUGGAUGGGUCGUCUCAUUGGUCAACUUCACAGAGAAGUUUUGAUUAAGAAGAUUUCAGACAGAAAGGUCUUGUUAGAACAAAAAAUUGUUUAA